AUGACCCGCCAGAGCCUGUGGGACGUGUCCGAGGCCAACGUCGAAGACGGAGAGAUCCGCAUCAACGUAGGAGGCUUCAAGAGGCGGCUGCGCUCGCACACCCUGCUGCGCUUCCCUGAGACGCGCCUGGGCCGCCUGCUACUCUGCCACUCGCGCGAGGCCAUUCUGGAGCUCUGCGAUGACUACGACGAUGUCCAGCGUGAGUUCUACUUUGACCGCAACCCCGAGCUCUUCCCCUACGUGCUGCAUUUCUACCACACCGGCAAGCUUCACGUCAUGGCGGAGCUGUGCGUCUUCUCCUUCAGCCAGGAGAUCGAGUACUGGGGCAUAAACGAGUUCUUCAUCGACUCCUGCUGUAGCUACAGCUAUCAUGGUCGCAAAGUGGAGCCCGAGCAGGAGAAGUGGGACGAGCAGAGCGACCAGGAGAGCACCACGUCCUCCUUCGAUGAGAUCCUGGCGUUCUACAACGACGCCUCCAAGUUCGAUGGGCAGCCGUUGGGCAACUUCCGUAGGCAGCUGUGGCUAGCCCUGGACAACCCUGGCUACUCGGUCUUGAGCCGGGUCUUCAGCAUCUUGUCCAUCCUGGUGGUGUUGGGGUCCAUCACCACCAUGUGCCUGAAUAGCCUGCCGGACUUCCAAAUACCUGACAGCCAGGGCAACCCGGGGGAGGACCCCAGGUUCGAAAUUGUGGAGCACUUUGGUAUCGCCUGGUUCACAUUUGAGCUGGUGGCCAGGUUUGCUGUGGCCCCUGACUUCCUCAAGUUUUUCAAGAAUGCCCUAAACCUUAUUGACCUCAUGUCCAUCGUCCCCUUUUACAUCACUCUGGUGGUGAAUCUGGUGGUGGAGAGCACACCUACCUUGGCCAACUUGGGCCGGGUGGCCCAGGUGCUGAGGCUGAUGCGGAUUUUCCGCAUCUUAAAGCUGGCUAGACACUCCACUGGCCUCCGCUCCCUGGGGGCCACCCUGAAAUACAGCUACAAAGAAGUAGGGCUGCUUUUGCUCUAUCUCUCUGUGGGGAUUUCCAUCUUCUCCGUUGUGGCCUACACCAUUGAAAAGGAGGAGAACGAGGGCCUGGCCACCAUCCCCGCCUGCUGGUGGUGGGCCACCGUCAGUAUGACCACUGUGGGAUAUGGGGAUGUGGUCCCAGGAACUACCGCAGGGAAGCUGACCGCCUCUGCCUGCAUCCUGGCCGGUAUCCUGGUGGUGGUACUGCCCAUCACCUUGAUCUUCAAUAAGUUCUCCCACUUUUACCGGCGCCAAAAGCAACUGGAGAGUGCCAUGCGCAGCUGUGACUUUGGAGAUGGAAUGAAAGAAGUCCCUUCCGUCAAUUUAAGGGACUACUAUGCCCAUAAAGUUAAAUCCCUCAUGGCAAGCCUGACAAACAUGAGCAGGAGCUCACCAAGUGAAUUAAGUUUAAAUGAUUCCCUACAUUAG